GGAUCUACUAACUAACCAGGCACGGACUUCUCGAUCUGGCUGGUGACGGUCCCCCGCCCCCCUCCAGCCCUUGAAGCCAGGGAUUUAAAGAAUGCUGAUGGGAGAUCCAGUUUCAUAAAGAACAAUUUGUCAAGCUGAUUGCCACUAUGGAUGAUCAGCAAGCCUUGAAUUCAAUAAUGCAAGAUCUGGCUGUCCUUCAUAAGGCUAGUCGACCAUUAUCCCUACAGGAAUCCAGAAAACCAAAAUCUUCAUCACCCAAAAAACAGAAUGAUGUUCGAGUCAAAUUUGAGCAUCGGGGUGAAAAAAGAAUUCUUCAGUUUCCCAGACCACUUAGAUUAGAAGAGCUGAGUUCUAAAGCCAAAAUUGCUUUUGGACAGUCUAUGGAUCUACAUUAUACCAAUAAUGAGCUGGUGAUUCCAUUAACUACACAGGAUGAUUUGGACAAAGCUGUAGAACUAUUAGAUCGCAGCAUUCACAUGAAAAGUCUCAAGAUAUUACUUGUAAUACAUGGUCAUAUACAGGCUGCCAACUUGGAGCCUUUACCAUCUCUGGAAGAUUUGGAUAAUACAGUAUUUAGAGUAACAGAGAUUAAAAAACGGCUUCCUGUCAUAGGUCCUACAACAAGAGAUAGAAGUUCACCUCCUCCUGGUUACAUUCCAGAUGAGCUACAUCAGGUUGCCAGAAAUGGGUCAUUUACUAGUAUCAACAGUGAAGGAGAGUUUAUUCCAGAAAGCAUGGACCAAAUGUUGGAUCCACUUUCAUUGAGCAGUCCUGAAAAUUCUGGCUCAGGAAGCUGUCCAUCACUUGAUAGUCCUCUGGAUGGUGACAGCUAUCCCAAAACUCGAAUGCCAAGAGCACAGAGCUAUCCAGAUAAUCAUCAGGAAUUUACAGAUUAUGAUAACCCUAUCUUUGAGAAAUUUGGAAAAGGAGGUACUUAUCCUAGAAGAUAUCAUGUAUCAUAUCACCAUUCAGACUAUAAUGAUGGUCGCAAGACUUUUCCAAGGGCCAGACGGACUCAAGUGAACAGCUUCCGUUCUCCAGUCAGUUUCAGUCCUACUGAUCGUUCAUUAAGUACUAGUAGUGGAAGCAGCAUCUUUACCCCCGAGUAUGAAGAUAGCCGAAUGAGAAGGGGAAGUGAUAUAGAAAAUCCCACUCUGACUGUAAUGGACAUAAGCCCACCCAGUCGCUCACCAAGAGCACCAACUAACUGGAGACUGGGUAAAUUGCUUGGUCAGGGAGCCUUUGGCAGAGUAUAUUUAUGUUAUGAUGUUGAUACAGGAAGAGAGCUGGCUGUUAAACAAGUUCAGUUUGACCCUGAUAGUCCAGAGACUAGCAAGGAAGUAAAUGCACUUGAGUGCGAAAUUCAAUUGUUGAAAAACCUGCUGCAUGAGCGAAUUGUUCAGUAUUAUGGCUGCUUACGGGAUCCCCAGGAAAGAACCCUUUCCAUAUUUAUGGAAUAUAUGCCAGGGGGUUCAAUUAAGGACCAGUUAAAAGCAUAUGGAGCUCUUACUGAGAAUGUGACCAGGAAAUAUACCCGGCAGAUUCUGGAGGGAGUUCACUACUUGCACAGUAAUAUGAUUGUACAUAGAGAUAUUAAAGGAGCAAAUAUUCUUCGAGAUUCAGCAGGAAAUGUGAAACUAGGAGAUUUUGGUGCCAGUAAACGACUUCAGACAAUCUGUCUGUCUGGUACAGGAAUGAAGUCUGUCACAGGCACGCCAUACUGGAUGAGUCCUGAAGUUAUCAGUGGGGAAGGUUAUGGCCGAAAAGCAGAUAUCUGGAGUGUGGGCUGUACUGUGGUAGAAAUGCUAACUGAGAAACCACCUUGGGCUGAGUUUGAAGCAAUGGCUGCCAUAUUUAAAAUUGCUACUCAGCCAACCAAUCCAAAGCUGCCACCUCAUGCUUCAGACCAUAGCCGAGAUUUCCUCAAGCGGAUUUUUGUAGAGGCCAAAUUGAGACCAUCAGCUGAUGAACUCUUAAGGCACAUGUUUGCGCAUUACCACUAGCACUCAGUGCUAGUCAGUGCCUCUACCUAGCUCAGAUCUACUGCUUCUACCGUCUCUCUAACUGCACUUUUUUCUUUUUAUAAAGAGAGAGAAAGAAAAAAGAGGGAAAAUAUUUCUCUUGAUUCUUGGUUUAAUUAACUUGUCUAAAAAUAAUCUCACAUUUUUUAUAUUUGAAAACUUUUCCCCUAUCAGGACUUGAAAGUUUUUUUUUUAUAAUGUACUGAUGUGAUUCUCAGAGAUAAAGCACUUUAGUACAUAUUCAUCAUUAUUUAAAAAAAAAAAAAAAACAAGCAACAAAAAGAGACUGUAAAAUUCUUUAGGAUUAGAUAGCCUUUUUUCAUAUGCCUGACACAUUUUUAGUGAAAGGAGAUGAAAAAUGAUAAAUAAAAUUACUUCUUAUUUCUAUUAUUUAGUGAUAGUAGUUAAAAUAGAUCCGCACGCCUGGGGUUGGACCUCAGAAUAGAUUAGAUUACUGAUAGACUUAAAUCACAUAGACUUCAUCAUGAAUGUGUAUGCCCCACCAUGUCUUAGCUUCUGCUUGCCUCUACUUUUGCUGAAAAGACCACAUCUUGAAGUAAAAUAUAAAUUUCUAAGAGAUGUGUUUACAAUCAUACUUAACUGCUAGAGAGCCAGAAUUUUAGGUAAAUCCACUAUAAUAGAUCCAUCUUUCUGGAGAAACAAGCUUAAGGGUUAGCCUUCCAGUGAAAAAUGAACUCACUACUAUAUUUUUAAUCAUAUAUGGAAAGUCAGCAAGAAAUUCUGUUCAGAAAAAAAUGGUUUUCUUAAAUGAUGUGAAUAGAUCAAAUUGUAGGAGACAUACAAUGAAUAGUCAAUAGUAAUAGUAAAAGGAGAAAACUGUUCAGUAUUUUCUGUUGUACUUUGAGGGGGAAGAGUUGCCCAACUAAUUGAAAAUAGAAGAGAACUAAAUACAAUCAAAAACAUGUAUACAUUCUUCCUUUCUUUAGCUCCCAUUUCUUUGUAAAUAUCUUGUAGUCUAGAGGAAUCCAUGCUUAGAAAGGUAUUGUCUUAGCAGAAAAUGAAAAUCAUGCCUUCGUGGCAUGUAAAGAGCAAUAAGCUACUUGGGGAAGAAAAAAAACAUAUAAUCUCAAGGGGUAUAUAAUUGUGUACCUAAAAACAACAAUUGAAAAAAAUUGCCUGCAAAAAAGAUAAUAUCUGAAAUUCAAGAAACAUCCAUAAAUUCAGCGCAAGGAUUGUCUAUAGCAUUUAUCACUAUUUCAGAACAAGGGAUAAAUGUCCCAGAAAAAUAGAAAUCCUUUUUUCCAGCUGCACAUUGCAUCAGAAUCACUAAUCAUUCAGUGACAGAAGUAAAAUAGAAUUGGUAGAAACUUGUAUUCUAUCUUCCAACCUCAGUUGUGAAGAAAAUAAAAUUUAAUGUUUUCCAUUUAUCAUGAAGGACCAAGAAAUUCCACAUCAUAUGUGUCUUUGUAGUGCUGGAAGAUGUGACAUUUCUCUCUGAGAACAAGAAAUGGAAUGUGAACUUUUUUUUUAGGCCCAUGGUAAAAUGAAAAAUAAGGAAGAUUUCAGUAACUUGGCUACUCAUGUUUCAUGUGUAUGGGAAGGAAAAAAAUACUCCCUACCUCAAGGUUUUGAAUUUGAUUAUUCACAUGGGACGUAUGUAAGUAGUUGUAUUAUUCCUGCUAAUGAGGUAUUUUUUUUUAAGGAUUCUUAGAAAAAAAUUUUUUUUCUGAAAACACUUUAAUACAUGUGGGUACAAUGAAUGCAAGACUCCCAUGUAGCUUACUGAACAGGAUUAUUUGCAGUUGAUGUUCUCAGGAAAAAAAAAAAAGGUAAAUUGCCAAAGCUUCUUUUUGUG